GUGAUUUGUCUUUACCCAAAAAGGGUUUUUGUUUUCCAUCCUCGUUCACACCGGCUAAAGUUGGGAGCAAGACGACACCCAACUGCUCCGAUCGUUUCCUUUUGGUUGAAAAUUGGAAUAGCGUAGAGUCUCUGCCUUUUGCUUGGAUUCGUUGCUUGCCGUCUAUUACAAUUUCAUCAAAUCAAAUACUAUAAAAGAAAGCAGGAGGGUGCGCAUCCCAAAAAUAGAUUAGUAAGAAGAGAGAGAAAAUGGAAGAUGUAUGGGCAUGGCUUCUCUUCUUCUUCAUUCUCAUUUCCCUCGUCGUCAUGCUUGUUUUUCAGCUGAUGUGCUUAUCAGAUCUAGAGUUUGAUUAUAUCAACCCAUACGACUCUGCAUCUCGUAUAAAUGGAGUUGUUGUACCUGAGUUCAUCACACAAGGAGUUCUGUGCUUGCUCUAUCUGAUAACAGGGCAUUGGUUUAUGUCACUUCUAUGUGUUCCAUAUAUGUACUACAAUUACAGAUUGUACACGAGAAGGCAGCACCUUGUUGAUGUUACAGAGAUUUUUAAUCUGCUUAAUUGGGAAAAGAAACAGAGGCUUUUCAAACUAGGCUAUAUCGUCCUUCUCCUCUUCAUAUCAUUAUUUUGGUUGAUUUACAGUGCCUUGGAAGAUGAUGAAGAGUCUCUAUAGGUUCUUCAUUUGAGCCAACGUACUCAUACUCAGAGCUGCUGCAUUUGCUCAUUUAUGUUGGCUUCUCUUAAUUCACUAUUCUUGAAAGUUCAGGGUUUAGAGAUAGCAGAUUCUGAUCUUACGUGAUCGGAAGCGCUCCUGUCCCCCUCCCUAUUCAAUUUUCGAGCAAUUGCAGGUUUUCGGGUUCUAUAUAUGUAUUGCACGUUGUGAUUUUGAGUGACAUAGUACCUUCACCAAACUAAAAUCCCACUAUGCUGCGUUGAACAGGGUCUUCUGUAAGCUUAUGUUGUCCUCUUGUUUUUGCUCUCCAUUUACGUGACAUUGCUAAUUGAAGGUGCUAUUGUUAGGAUGCAA